AUCUCACUUUGCUUUGUAGCAACAAAGCUUUAUUACUCUUCUAGCAUUUGUAGUAGUUGGACCCCCACGCAAGGCUCUGAUUAGUACAUGACUACAAUGGCGCCGGUCGCUGUGCCAAAGGUCGAGGGCCUGAGCCUCGAGGACAAGGUGCCCGACAACGUCGAGGUCGAGGGCGAUGACGUAGAGGACGAUGAGGAUGAUGAGGCCGGAGGCGAGGGUGCGGCUGGAGAUGCAAAGAAGAAGAAGAAAAAGAAAAAGCCCAAAAAGAAAAAGGCGGCCGCUGCUGUCCAGUCCGAGCCCCCGCGUGUUGGCCUGAGCAAGAUCUUCCGCAGCGGUGUCUACCCCGUCGGCCAGGAGGUCGAGUACAAGAAUGACACGACCAAGCGCAUCACGUCCGAGGAGGCUCGCGAGCGCGAGCGUCUCGCCCAGGGCGACCCGUCGACCAACUACCAGAACAUCCGCCGUGCCGCCGAGGUGCAUCGCCAGGUGCGCCAGUACGCCCGCAAGAACAUCAAGCCGGGCAUGAAGCUCAUCGACAUUGCCAACAUGAUCGAGGACGGCACGCGUGCGCUCGUCGAGGAGAACGGCUUUGAGAGCGGUAUCGGUUUCCCGACCGGCCUGAGCGUCAACGAGGUCGCGGCGCACUACACGCCCAACCCGGGAGACAACAAGGUGCUGCAGCAGAGCGACGUGCUCAAGGUCGACUUUGGCGUGCACGUCAACGGCCGUAUCGUCGACUCUGCAUUCACGCUCAACUGGGAGCCGACGUACGAUGCCCUCAUCAAGGGCGUCCAGGAGGCCACCGAGGCCGGUGUCGCUGCGGCUGGUAUCGACGUGCGCCUGUGCGACGUCGGUGAGGCGGUCCAGGAGGUCAUGGAGAGCCACGAGGUCGAGGUCAACGGCAAGGUGCUACCUGUCAAAUCCAUCCGCAACCUCAACGGCCACUCGAUCGUGCCGUACGUCAUCCACGGUGGCACCCCCGGCAAGCCAGGCAAGUCGGUGCCCAUUGUCAAGCAGCACGGCGCACACAUGGACACGACGCGCAUGGAGGAGGGCGAGUACUUUGCCAUCGAGACGUUCGGCUCGACGGGCAAGGGCAAGGUCGACGAGGAGGGUGUGUGCUCGCACUAUGCCUUGGCGCCCAUCCAGCCCGAGCACUACACGCUCCGCCACCAGUCGGCCAAGAACCUGCUCAAGAGCAUCAACAAGAACUUUGGCACGCUCCCCUGGUGCAGGAGGUACCUCGAGCAUGUCGGCGAGAAGAACUACCUGCUGGGCCUCAACGAGCUUGUGCGCCAGGGUGUCGUGAGCGACUACCCACCUCUCGUCGACCCCGAGCCGGGAGCCAUGACUGCGCAGUUUGAGCACACCAUCCUCCUGCGCCCAACAUGCAAGGAGAUUGUUUCGCGCGGCGACGACUACUAGGGUGGCGGCGGUAGCGGCAGCGGCAUCAUCGUUGUAUCAUUAUGCACAAGUA